CCCAGCUGAUCCAUCCCCGAUUCGACCAUCAGAGAAAAAAAGAAAAGAUCCAUCCCCAAUUCGAGCUCCACCUCCACCGAACCCUCAAUCCCACCCUCCACCCAACAAUGGAUCCGGCCGCCGCCGCCGCCCGGCGGCAGGCGGACAAGUGGAUGAGCGUGGCCGAGAAGCUCCUCAUGGCGAAGGACCUCGAGGGCUGCAAGGAGUUCUCCUCCCAGGCCAUCGCCGCCGACCCCCGUACCCCGGGCGCCGAGGAUCUCUACGCCGCCGCCGACGUCCUCCUCGCGUCCCAGCGCCGCCGCUUACCCAGCGGCCAGCCCGAUCCGUACGCCGUUCUCGGCCUCGACUCUGCCAAGCCCCCAUCGCGCCUCCCGGACGUCGUCCAUUCCAAGUUCCGCCGGCUCUCCCUCCUCCUCAACCGGUCCCACCCCGACCGCCCCUGCUCGGUGUACGUCGCCGAGGCUGCCCGCCUCGUCGCCGAUGCCUGGGCCUUCCUCUCCAACGCCGGACUUAAGUCUGCCCUCGACGCCGAACUCGAUGCAGCCGCUGCACCUCGCGCUUCCCACCCUCCCGCGCCGUUGCAACAGCCGGCGGUGGAGAGGAGGCCGCAACCGUCGCCGCCUCCACAGCAGAGCCCCGGAUGGGCAGCUCCCCAGCCACGGCCACCUCCACAGCGGAUCCCGGUACGGCCAGCUCCCCAGCCAACGCCGCCUCCACAGCCGAGUUCGCUGCGAGCAGCUACCCAGACACCGCCGCCUCCGCAGCCGAGCCCGCUGCGAGCAGCUACCCAGACGCCGCCGCCUCCACAGCCGAGCCCGCUGCAAGCAGCUACCCAGCCACAGCCGUCUCCACAGCCAAGCCGGCUGCAAGCAGCUACCAGGCCACAGCCAAGUCCGUCGCAAGCAGCUACCAAGCCACCGCCGUCUCCACAGCCAAGUCCGCUGCAACCUGCUACCCAGCCACCGCCGCCUCCACAACCGAGUCCGCUGCAAGCAGCUUCCCAGCCACCCGCCAGAGCAGCGACUCCGCCGGUGGAGUCUGGCACAUUGCCUCCAUCGACGUUCUGGACAUUGUGCAAGGGGUGCUCCCAUAUUCACCAGUAUGAUCGCCUCUACGAGGCGCGCAAACUGAAGUGCUCCAGCUGCCAGCAGCCAUUUGUAGCCGAGGCAAUGGCCGAGCCGCCGCCCAUUGUGCCGGGCACUGACAUGUAUUACUGUACCUGGGGCUUCUUCCCCAUUGGGUUCCCCGGGUGCCCUGGCUACGCGGAUCUGGUCAAUUCCCAGCCACAGGGGUCAGGCCAGCUGAAUGUGCCAUGGCUUGGAGCCAAUGGUAGGGUUGCUGCUGAGAAUGGGAUUCCCAUUACCAUAGGUGCUGCAAGGGAGGGGCCAGUGGCAUCUGAACCUUCGCCGGAACCUUUGAUGCGCACGGGAGUGGAGGUGCCACUGGUACCGGAACCUGCGCCAGAACCUUUAAUGCGCAUGAGAGUGGGGGUGCCAGCCGUGCCGGAACCUGUGAUGCCCACAAGAGUGGAGGCUCCAGCCGCGCCGGAACCUGUGAUGCCCACGAGAGUGGAGGUGCCUGCCGCGCCGGAACCUGCGCCAGAACCUUUAAUGCGCAUGAGAGUGGGGGUGCCAGCCGUGCCGGAACCUGUGAUGCCCACAAGAGUGGAGGCUCUAGCCGCGCCGGAACCUGUGAUGCCCACGAGAGUGGAGGUGCCUGCCGCGCCGGAACCUGUACAGCCCACGAGAGUGAAGUCAGUGAAAGUGGGAGCAAAGAAGCGUGGUCGACCCAAAGGCAGCAAGAACAAGAAGAGUUUGCGAGUUGUGACUUGAUAGCGAUGAAGAUGAUUGGCAUGGCAUGAUCAUAGGUCAGACCGGGUUAGUUCGGCUAUUAAUUUCAUCCUGUUGUCGUUGACUGAAGCAUUUGCUCUGUUGGUUGGAUACUACUCAUUUGCUGCUGACAGAGUGACAGUAUCUACAUGAGAAGCAUGGCUACUUUAGUGAUGGAAUAAGUUAUUUGUUUACCGGGUAGUCUUUUCUUAGUUGAUGAGUUGUGUGACCGUUGUUGCCAUUUAUGCUUUAGAUGAUGUAGCUGUUGUAUGCUGUCCAAUUUCAUGACUCUCCUUGAGCUAGCUUUGUGGAUCCGAGAUUCCUGGGGAUUGCUCUUUGUUAACUGAGCAAUGUACAUUCAAACAAUGUGCUGCAAUAAUCGGACAGUUGAUGUUAUGUGUUUCUUCUCCA